AUGCAUCUUCAUCCGAUUCAAUAUCGAUCCGAGAUCUCGGCUCUCAUCCAUCCAUUUCCUGUAUCCAAUUUGCGACUUAACGAGCUCCGAUCAAUCCAGGGAGCCAUUCGAAAUAUCCUCGCCAUCGAUGGAAGUGUCGAGGAGAAAAAUGAGCUCAUUUUGGCCAUCAAUUGUUUAGCUAAAAACGGUGACAAUCCGGAUGUGACAAGGGCUCGGCAAGUGUUGACAAAGAUCCGAGCCGAACUCGCGUACCGUCAAGUGCACAAGGCAUGCCAUCUCAAUAUGGGAUUGAAUCGGCCAUGUGAAUGCCUUGGUCCCCAGCAACGCAUACAACACUACAAGCGAUUGGCUAUGAUACAGAGCUUGAUUUUGACAAUUUUCGUGAUCAUUAUCACCAUUCUCAGCCUUCGAAUGUUCUUUUGGGAAAAGGAUUCAAUCAUGUUUCUGGGUGAGAUUCAAGCUCAAUUGUUC